GGUUACGCGUUGGAGGCCCGAGCGGCCCAGCCCGCGGCCCGCUCCGUGUCAGUCAGUCAUGGAGCGGCCGCCCAGAGCCGCGGCGGGGGCGGCGAGGCGCGGGGCGCGGGGGCCCGGCUGAGCCGGCCGACGGAGCGAGACCCUGCCGCAGAGACGACGGAGGCGGAAGCAACCCGAUCCCGGAGGCGGCGGCGGCGGGAGGAGCCGGAGCCGCCUGGGAUGUUCAGUCAUGAAACGAGUGCGCACCGAGCAGAUUCAGAUGGCAGUGUCCUGCUACCUCAAACGCCGGCAAUACGUGGACUCGGACGGUCCCCUGAAGCAAGGACUGCGGCUGUCACAGACUGCUGAGGAGAUGGCAGCCAACCUGACAGUCCAAACAGAAUCUGGUUGUACCAACAUCGUGUCUGCAGCCCCAUGUCAGACAGAGCCCCAGCAAUAUGAAGUACAGUUUGGACGACUGCGGAAUUUUCUCACCGAUUCUGAUUCCCAGCACAGCCACGAAGUGAUGCCUCUCCUCUAUCCUCUCUUUGUCUACCUCCACCUCAACCUGGUCCAGAACAGUCCGAAGAGCACAGUGGAAAGUUUUUACAGUCGCUUCCAUGGAAUGUUUCUGCAGAACGCUAGCCAGAAGGAUGUCAUUGAGCAGCUCCAGACCACUCAAACCAUCCAAGACAUCCUGUCCAACUUCAAGCUUCGAGCAUUCCUAGAUCAUAAGUACGUGGUCCGUCUCCAAGAAGACAGCUACAACUACCUUAUCCGCUACCUCCAAAGUGACAACAACACCGCCCUGUGCAAAGUCCUCACCUUGCAUAUCCAUCUGGACGUGCAGCCUGCCAAGAGAACAGACUACCAGCUCUACGCCAGCGGCAGCUCCUCACGAAGCGAGGGCAACGGCUUAGAGCCCACUGACGUGCCCGCCCCGAUUCUGCAGAACGAGGCUGCCCUGGAGGUCUUGCAGGAGAGCAUCAAGCGCGUCAAGGACGGCCCUCCCUCCCUCACCACCAUCUGUUUCUAUGCCUUCUAUAACACAGAGCAGCUGUUGAACACUGCAGAAAUCUCCCCCGACAGCAAGCUGCUUGCUGCUGGGUUUGACAACUCCUGCAUAAAACUAUGGAGUUUACGAUCCAAGAAGUUAAAAUCAGAACCCCAUCAAGUAGACGUGUCCCGCAUCCACUUGGCUUGUGAUAUUCUGGAAGAGGAGGAUGACGAGGAUGACGCUGCGGGCACAGAGAUGAAGAUCCUGCGGGGACACUGUGGACCAGUGUACAGCACCAGGUUCCUCGCAGACAGCUCAGGGUUGCUCUCUUGUUCCGAAGACAUGUCCAUCAGGUACUGGGACCUCGGGACUUUCACCAACACUGUGUUGUACCAAGGACAUGCCUACCCCGUGUGGGACUUGGACAUUAGCCCAUACAGCCUGUAUUUCGCCAGCGGGUCCCAUGACCGCACCGCAAGGCUGUGGUCAUUUGAUCGGACGUACCCGCUGAGAAUAUAUGCAGGACACCUGGCAGAUGUGGACUGUGUCAAAUUCCACCCUAAUUCAAACUACUUAGCUACAGGCUCAACCGACAAGACCGUCCGGCUGUGGAGCGCUCAGCAGGGGAACUCGGUGAGGCUCUUCACAGGCCACCGCGGCCCUGUGCUUUCUCUCGCCUUUUCACCCAACGGUAAGUACUUGGCAUCGGCCGGUGAGGACCAGCGGCUGAAGCUCUGGGACUUGGCCUCUGGGACCCUUUACAAAGAACUGAGAGGCCACACGGACAACAUCACCAGCCUCACCUUCAGUCCGGACAGCAGCCUGAUCGCCUCCGCGUCCAUGGACAACUCGGUGCGCGUCUGGGACAUCAGGAACGCCCACUGCGGCGCGGCAGCCGACGGCUCCUCGGGCGAGCUCGUGGGCGUGUACACCGGGCAGAUGAGCAACGUGCUGAGCGUGCAGUUCAUGGCCUGCAACCUUCUGCUAGUGACUGGAAUCACGCAAGAAAAUCAGGAACAUUGAUUUGUUUUACCUUCGUUGUGACGGACUGGGGCAGCCGUGGGGCAGAGGCCUCCAGAUCUCAAGUCUUACUUACCAUUGAAUCACUGAGUGACUGUGAAAGACCCCCCGCUUCCUCCUCCUCCUGUGCAGGCUCCCUGAGCACGUCGCCCCGUCCCUCGGCCCCCCAGCGUCAGAGGACAGGGGGGCGAGGACAGAGGGUGAUGCGUGGACCUGAGCUCAAGAACGGAGAUGCUCCGGAGGUCAGAUGGCAGGUUCUUACAAAGACGCCACCGUGUCCUCACGCGAGCACCUCCGUGUCUGUCUCGUUUCCCGCUUUGUGAAACCGCCACGCUGCUGCCGCGGCCGGUGCGGGGGGGUGGUCCCAGGACGGUCGCCGCGGGCUCUCGGGGGGGCGCGGUGCAGCAGGCUCACGUGUGGGCCGUCGCCGGGCAGAAGGGGACCCCCACUGGUGCAGGGGCGCAGAGGUGGGGACAAGGAAAGGGGGCCAGGAUCGCCCUGGAAAAAGUCUUUCCCGUAAUUACAGAGAACAGGAUUUUUUUUUAUUAUUGUUAUUAUAAUUAUAGUAAUUAUUAUUAUUAUUGAGAAGAGGAAACCUAGCACUGGCAGAGCGGUCUUCUCUGCUCCCAUCUUUCAGGUUUGGCUCCUGGACACUGGCUCUGAUACUUGGAAUUUUUGAGGUUCAGGGAAUUCAGAGGAUUUCGUAGCACAGUGUAUUGUGAGAAAGGGACAGUUUCUGGGGGACGGCUUGGUCACUCCCGCUGACGUGUUUCUAGCUGUAGGUGGGCAAACUGAUCGAGAAAGUCUUGGGCCCUUGCAGUGACGGGGGGAAAGAAAGAUCCCCUUCGUGGCCACACUUCUGUGAACAGUUCUCCCUGAAAGGCCAUAUUGUCAUAAAGAAAUUAAAAUAAUUGGAGGCGAUAGGUCAAAAGACAGAAUGAGCAAACGUCGAACUUCCAAAUGAGCAUUUACUCCGCGGUGCGGCUCCGUGAGUCUCUGUCUCCUUGCGCUCGCCUGCUCCCACCUCCUGCAGCAGCAGAUUAACCAGCCCUCCGUGAAACAGACCGUGCGGACGAAUGAACGCCUACAGAACUUUGAGGAUGAAGCAAGCUCUAAUUUGUGGGAAAAGGAUUAAAUAUUUCUGUUAUUUU